AUGCUUGAGAACCAAUUAUACCUGUUGGCAACUAUAUUUGCUUCAACUGCUGAUGUAGAAAAACUGACUAUAUUGAAAAAUAGUUUCACAAAUUCUAGUGAACUUUUGGAUAUAAUCUGUGUAUUAUGGCCAGAGUUGGACGAUCCAAUUCUGUUACGAAACUUUUUAACUAAUUUGGAAUUAAAUGACUUGAAUGCCGAUGAGAAUCCAAUUGAUGAGGAUAAUAUUUUGGUUUCAUUAUUAGAGACGGGAGAAGAUUUGGUCCCAAUAAUUGAAAUGGAUGUUGAGACAGUUUCAGAAAGAGUCAGUACAGUUAAGGAAUAUAUAAACAGGAGAUUAGUCGAAGUAACACUUGAUGAGAUCACAAGUUUUGAUGAUACAGUAUCUAGCUGGCUGAGAAAGCGUAUACUUUUAUGCGAUGAACUGAAUCCAUUUAAUGUAUUAUUUAACAAAAAAUUGUGGAAAGAAAUUAAGCCCAUUGAUCCUGAGUUCAUGGGAUGGGUAAACGGUAUUCUGGAACCAUUAGACUUUAUAAAUAAUUCAUCAGACAUCCGUGUUCAAUUCAGAAUAAUCGACUUUGAAGCUUUAACGCCAAAUAAUGUAAUUGAACUUUUAACUAAGAACUUACUAGAAAAUGAAUAUUCAUUUAAUAAUAAGAAUGUACAGCAAAUUGAUUGUUUAAUAUCCUAUUUGAAUUAUACAAAUUCCUUUACUCUAUUUCUAGAGCAGAAAUUUAAUACCAAUUCAUUUUUGUUUAAGAAGAAACAAAACUAUUUGGUAUUUGAUGCAAUUUUUACUAAAUUUAAUGAGAGUAACGUAAUGGCUGACAAAGAGAAUUUUCAAAAGGCUGCACUAUCUAUUAUUUUUGAAAACAGUAAGGAAUUAAUGAACAUUAUUUCUAUGGAUGAAUUAAAACAAUUACUGGAUGCAUUUGAUCAAAACAUAGAAACUGCAAAUGGAAUAAAUUCAAAGAUAUUACUAUCCUAUAUACACCUUAUAUCAAUAUUUCUUCAAGAUUAUUCAUUAAAGGAAGUUCAUUUAAUUUCAAAAGAAAAUGAAGCUUCGCAAUUACUUCACUAUACUUCGAUGAUCAAAGCUAAAAUUAUGUCGAAAGGAUUUAAAACUUCAAGUUCAACUGCCGUGAAUGAAAUCCUAUCCGUUAUCACAGGAUCUGCAUCUAAUUCUGAACAAAUAGUAUUUACUCAUAUUCCACCUAAGAGACAAAUUUCGGUUCUAAUUGAUUUAUUACUAGAGCUUGGUGAAUUUGAUUUAUUACAGGACUUGAUGGAAGAACAAAAUUCUCAACUAGAAGAAGCAGGUUUAGAAAAGUACUUUUGGCAUUUUUUCAACAAUGCUUCAAAUGGAUUGAAGUCUAGGCCUGAAAUGAAGAAAGCUCAAAAAACUGUUAAACUAUUAUUAGAACAAAAUGAACCAAAAUUCAAACAUCUUGAAAUACUGCUUCACAUUGCGGAUUUAUUAAGUUACUAUUCAAUAAAUCUGGGGAAAGGUGUUAUAUUCAAGCCAUCUAAUAUUUUUGAUUUUAAAAACCAUCCUAGUCAGAUUAUAUCAAAAUUACUAGAAUUAAACGACGGGUUAUAUAAGGAUAAGAACACCACUAGCCUGAUGUUGAAGGAGUUAUUUGAAGGUAUGAAUUUAGACAUUACUGGUGACUUUUUCGUUCAGGAACAGAUCAGAGUGUCUGAAUUUCACAUAGAUAACGCAUUAGCUAACCUUGACUUUUAUUUUGCUUACCAUGAAAGUAAAGAAUUGCUGACUAAAAGUGAGAAUAAGACCCCAUGGGCUACUGUAUUUCAAGUAUGUAAGUUUUCUGAUCCCAAUUGGUUGGAUAACGAAACUCCAACCGAAAUAUUGGUUUUACAAUUUGAACUAUCAUCUGACCUAUUACAGAGCUGCCCAACCGAAGAAAUGGAAAUAGUAAUUUCCCAAUGGAGCUCACUUGAAUUAGAAUUACUAACCAGAGAUAUCAUUAACGACCAAUACUCCAUAGGCAACUCAGGAGAUUCCAAGCGUGAAUUUUCGCAAGCGACAAACUUAUUGGAUGGAGUUUCCAAUAGUGUUACAAAAUUUAUUUCAAGUAAUUUAUCAUAG